GUUGGCAUGUUCCCGUUUCUCUUCUGUUCUCUUUGGUGCUCGUAUGCUUGUCUUAUGUCUUUUAAACGUUCGUCUUUUAUUUUGAGACACUUAGCGGCACCCGUCGCGUGUACAUGCCUAGCACCUUAGUCGCGUCUCGGCGCCAUCUAGCCAUAGCAUCGGUUGAGCAUUCCUCUCUCCUCUCGUCUGUUACCUUGCACGAUGUUGGUUGAGUCGAUAUCUGAAUAUUCUUCUAUAGGCCAGUCUAGACCGUGCCAGUCUUUCCUCGAUUACUCCCGAUCUGGACAGCAUCGUGGUUACGGUUGUCUCGCAGUGUCUCGAGCUCUCCAGGAUGCUAGUAACAACAGCGACAUGCCCUUUCAGUGUGACGGGUCGGUGAACCACGGAAUCCACCCUUGCCUGAGUCUUCCGAGAAAUUGCAGGCUAUAUUACGACGCUCGACGCUGUUGGCCGCCUUAGACGUCUUAACAUCGCAAAUAUCAUACAGUCAAGUUCCAUCACUUUACAUCCUCCUCCUGUCACAUGCCUACGUGCGUCAUUUGCCUCGACGUACUCAAGAACCCGGCCGCCCUACCUUGUGGACAUGUCUUCUGCUACGAAUGUGUCGUGCAGUUGGUCCGUAACGUCCAUCCAUACGUUAACCAACAUUUUUGUCCGACAUGCCGGCAAGCUUACACUAUAACAACUGUCAACCCGUCCCUAGUUCCACCACACCUUCAACUUCACGUCUCCCCCUCUAUCCGCAAGCUGUCCCUCGAUUACAGUGUACCAAAAUCGACUAGAAGUAACGAGCCACUCGAACUUGAAUGUGCUCGCCUCAGAGCCGAGAACCAAUCCUUAAAAAACUGUUGUAGUGUCUGGUGUAAUCGCGCGAGAUUGCAUGCCAGGACCACAUUGGGCUUGAUUGGGAUGGUGAGGAUGGGAAAGGACGCUGCCCUUCAGAUGAAGGCGCAGAGGGACGAAUUUGAAAAACAGCUUACUUCGUUGAAACGGAGCUGGGACGAGCGAGACACUCCUCCGGAAUCUUCGUCUCCCUCAGACACCUCUUCUCCUUCGGUAUCCUCACGAGUCUCGGCGCCAUUACCUCGACGACACCAAUCUCCAACGUUCUCGCCUUCUCCGUUUUGCCCGAGGACCCCAUCUCCCUGUUACUCGGAACAAUCAUAUCACCCUGACUGUCCCGAUUGUCAAGCUUCCACACCUCCUAUCAAGCGUCAGCGCACUAGUGAAGAACCUACGUUGAAGAUUAUUGGUGAUGCGUCCUCGGAGUGCGCUCAAACCGCUGUUUCCAUCUGUUAAGUAGAUUAUUAUUUUGGAUUUCCUGCUAUACCCGACGGACCUAGACUAAGUAAUCUGUACUAUUAUGUUUUCGAUGACUGCUGCGCUAUCUGCCUCCUUGCUCUUUGUACUCAUUCUUCCCCACUCAACCCCGACUUCUUGUCAUUGUGUCUUGUAUCGAUUAUAAUUACUGUACUAAUGCCACAGAAGCUUUCUUGGCAAGCAACUUGCAAGCCAUAUCUUUAUGACCCCAUCGAUCGACCUAGGCCAGGAUAUUCGAUCGCCCUC